GUUGACCCUGAAAGAUAAAGUGCUGAACUUUGUAUGUAAUGAACUGAAUUGGAUAACUAUCUGAUGUAAUUUUGUGAUUUGUAAGACAUAGUGUAAAAAAGAAGUUUUUUUUUAAGUAAAAUAUGAAAUAUUUAAGUCUUUAUUGUGGCAAAACAAUGCCUGCUUUGGGAUUAGGAACAUGGCAGGCAACUGAAGAUGUAUUAGAAAAAGCGUUAAAUUUAGCAUUAAACAUUGGAUAUCGCCAUUUAGACACUGCUUUAUUAUAUGAUAAUGAGAAAAUAAUAGGAAAAGUUUUAAACGAAUGGUUAUCAAGUGAUAAAAUAAAUCGUAAUGAUUUAUUUGUGACAACAAAAUUGCCACCUAUAGCUAUGUACAAAGAAAAAGUGUUUAAUUAUUUUCAAAAAUCUUUAACAAAUUUGAAUUUAUCAUACGUUGAUCUUUAUUUAUUACAUUCCCCAUUGGGGAUAAAAAAUGUACCGCAAAAUAAGGAAGAUGUUGUCAUGGAUCCAAAUGUUAAUCAUUUAGAAAUAUGGAAGGAAAUGGAAAAAAUUUACGAGAAAGGUUUAUCAAAAUCGAUUGGAGUAUCCAAUUUUAAUAAAGAACAAAUAAUUAACAUAUUAAAAAAUUGUAAAAUACAACCGUCUUGUUUACAAUUAGAACUUCAUUUGUACCAACAACAAAAAGAAUUGGUCGAAUUUUGCAAAAGAAAUAACAUAGUUGUUGUUGCUUAUUGCCCAUUAGGAUCACCGGGAUUAAAAACUUAUUAUGAAGAAAAUAACAAAAAGAUCGAAAUUCCAAAUUUGUUCGAAAAUGAAGCUGUUAAAGAAAUGGCUUUGAAGUACAAGAAGUCUCCAGCUCAGAUUUUAUUAAGACAUGCCAUUGAUAAAGGAAUUGGAGCAAUUCCAAAAAGCUCAAAUGAAAAUCGUUUGCAAGAAAACCUUGAUAUUUUCGAUUUCUCUUUAGAAGAAAAAGAUGUUAUUGUGUUAAAUGGCUUAGAUAUGGGAGAGAAAGGAUCUUUAACAGAAUGGGAACCUUGGGGGUGGUUAUGAAUAACUCAAAAAUAUUUUUUUAUUAUGAUGUAUAUGCAACCAAGUAUACACAUUAAUAUUAUUAUUACAAUUUUAUGUUUUGUGAAUGUUAAAUCAAA